AAAUUUUGCCCAAUAAUUUUAAUUUUCCUAUUAAAAUUCGUAAUACUUCUACAUAAGAAUUUGUCAAAUAUCUCUUACAUUAAAAGAAAAUUUAAAGAACUUGCAUAUAUAAGUAUUAAUAGCUUCUAAAUGGACAUGUCUUAAAGAAGAAAGUCAAUUUUUGACCCAAGGAUGCAAGAUAGAGCUUUUGGAUUAAGUAAUCUUAUAAAAGAAAAAUUAGAUGAGGCUAAUUUGUACAAAAAUAUCACCCAUAGCAGAAAAUUUGCUCUUAACUUUUAAAAAUCAAAGGAAGCUGAAGAAUUACUUAAAAAUAUGAAUUAAAAAGAUGAAGUAGUUACAAAGGUAACUAGAGAGCAGAUAAUAGCAAGUAAGGUCCAAGAAAGCUAAUAUAUAAAAGAUCUUUUAAAAAACAAAUUAUUCUACAAUCAAAGAAUAGAAGUAUCUAAUGUAGACCUUACAAGCAGUGAAGAUAGUGAUCUUGUAAUACAUAUUCUGAAAAAGGAGUUUAAAAACAAGAAGGAAAUACAAUUUUUGAAGUUGGCCAUCUCUGGUUUGACACUUUUUAAAUAGAAUCAAGAUAUACUUUUCAAAGAAAAUAUGGCCAUGUCUCUAUUUAAAGAACUAAAAUACGAGUUCUUUUUAGAAAAAGACCCUAUUUUUCACUUUGGUGAGUUUGGCUAUAAAUAUUAUAUUGUCUUAAAAGGUUCAGUUUAAUUGUUAAUACCAAAACCAGAGAUUGCUAAAGAAAUAGAAAAAAAGAGAGAAGAAUCAUAAAAUAUAUUCAAUUAAAAAUUUUUUAAGAGCAUUUCUAAAAAUGUGGUCUCUGGGAAGUAAGCCCCGAGGAAAUCUAUCAUGGCUGGCGAUUUUAAUUCUUUACUUUAGUAGAAUUUUGAGACUAGAAAGAAAAGUUAAAUAAUUGGUGCCUCUUCAUAAGAAAUAGAAGAAGAUUAAAAUUAAGCAUUUGAUCCUAAUUUAAGUUACGAAUAAAUUUUAGAUACAUAUUAUAAAGGAUGGAAUUUAAUCAAAGUAUUUGGUCCUGGAGAUGCCUUUGGUGAAAUAGCUCUAUUAACUAAGUAGAGAAGAACAGGAACUAUGAUUUGCAAACAAGAUACUCAUAUAAUGUCACUAUCUAAAGAAGCUUUUGAUAAGCUUCUUGGCAAGUAUCAUGAAAGGGUAAAGCAAGAAAAAAUCGGAUUUCUUAGAUAAUUCUAAGUGUUCGAUGGAGUACCUACAUCAAAGCUACUAAGUCUUAUUCAUGACAUGAAAACUAAUGUUUACUAAAUAAACAAUAUUCUCUACGAGGAAGGAGAUAAAGUAGAAGAUAUUUUUUUUAUCAAAGAUGGAGAAGUUGAACUGAGCAAACUUGCAAAUGUUUAAAACCAAAAGGAUUUUAUUCAAAGCUCAAACAUGAAGCUUGAUGAAAAAUUUUAAAUGUACAACUUGAAGCAUAACAGGUAAGUUUAAAGAGAAUAAAAAAUAAGAAUGAGAAUAUCAGUUAUUACGAAUGGGGAAUGUUUUGGUGACUAUGAAAUUAAAAAUGAUGAGAUUUACAGGACGUAGAAGGCAGUGGUAACUAGAUAAAAUACUCAUAUAUACUCGUUACAUAAAUCUCUACUUUUGGACAUGCUAAAGACACAUAAAAUUUAAGACAAUAUAAUAAAGUAGAAUGAUUAAAAUGUAAAAUUUCAUGAAUAAAGAGAAAAAGAAAUUAUUGUGCAGAACAUUAAAAACUAAAAUGCCACAAAUAAUUUAGUAAAAAAACACAUUAAAAAAUAAUUAAAGAAUGCGAUGAAGCUACCUGACUUAUCUCUAUUAACAGAAGAAGAAUAAAAAAUACUUUUUGAAUAAUUCCCUUAUUUGAAAAAUAUGUAAAGGAAAUUGAAAAACGACAAUUAUAGUUUGGAGUGGAUUUCAGGGUCAAAUUAAAAACUUUAAAAAAAAAAUUCAUUUUUAAAAAGCCCCGAUAUUUAAAAAGAUGAUUCAAUUUAAAAUGAUUCAGACUAAACUCCAAGCAUAUAAAAAGACAAUUAGCUAUUUAACCCAACUCUUGAUUUAAACACUUACCAAGAAUUUACCUCUAAAUUUCUGAAAAAACCUAUUUGUAUGAAACUAAACCAGGAUACUCAGUAUAAAUAAAUAAAUCUCGACUACAUUAUUAAGUAAAACAGUAAAGGAGCUAUUAGUCGUUAAACUUCAAUAAAACCUUUAUUAGAACACAUAUCAUCUUCACCUGGAAAUGAGUAAGGUCUGUAAUACUUACGGAAUAGCGAUAGUGAUAGCUAAGACGAGUAAACAGAGAAAGAUAUCAAUAGUAAAUUUAAAAUAAAAAGAUCCUCUGUUUUUGAAACAAGAAAAUCAACUUAGACAUCUUAAGAGUUAUUUUUUCCAAUAAAUAAGGAAAAUAAAAAUUAUUUUAGAAAAACUUCUCUUUCCAAAUCACAACAUAAACAUUAAAGGAAAGAAUCAGAAUCACCAUAAAAAGAAGAAACUAAAAGGUUUAGCUUAAAAAAUUUAUUACAGUAACAAAAUCAAAAAGACUUCUCGUAAGAUGGAAGUUUUUCAAGCAAGAACAAGAGCUCAUCUUUUUAUCAUAAAAUGUAAAAUUCAUAAAAUUACUCAGACGAAAAUAAGGUAAAUGUAAAUACUUCGUUUUAAACAAGCAACUUAGAGCAAUCUGGUGAAUUUAAUAAAUCUGAAUUCAAUAGUUCAGAAUAAAUAUAUUUUCAUAAAUAGCAUACACUUAAACACAAAGAUAUAUAGGUUAAUAAACCAUAAAAGGCAUUUUCAUAGUAUGAUGAAGGUAAGUUAUAAGAAGAAACAGAUUAAUUCCAUAAUCUAAGACCACAGUAAAUGAUUAAUAAAAGUUUUUCAGAUCAAAAUUCAAGUUUAGAUAAUCAUUAGGGUUUAAGUAAAUAAUAGUCACACUCUCCUUACUCCUAUAUUGAAAAUUAGGAGAAAAAUUAAAAUUUUAACGUUGAAAAAAUGCACAAAUAAUAAGAGAAAUCUAAAGAAAUAGAUCAACCAUUAUUUUGGAUAGAAGAUAAUAGUCUUUUGUCUAGAGAAGAAAAAAGGAGAAAAGUAAAUUACGUGAUGCAUUAAAGUUAUAAGAUAUUAAAUCAAAUUGGACUAUAAAAAAAUUAAAUAACCUUAUUUGUAGGUGACCAGUAAAUAAAAAAAUAAAAUUAAUCAUUUAAAACCAAUAGUGGUCUGAAAUUAGACCCAAAUAGCCAAAAAGAAAAAUAAGAUUAAAUUUAAAGCCCUUUUAAAUAAGAAUUGCACAAUAGCUACUCCUUCAAUUAGCCAGAUAAAUAAAUAAUAAAUGGAUAAUUCCUUGCUUAAGGGUAGAAUUAAGAUAGCUAAAAUGGAAAUUCGUAUGAAAAUAAAUAAGAUGAAUUUUUAAAUUAGGAUCAGAAUUGCUCUGAUUAGAAAUGUGAAAUUAAGAAUUAUUCAGAAAGAAAAAAAAUUGGUAAAAGUUAAUUCUAAGAUUUAAAUAGCAGCUUCCAAGAUUAAGACUAUAAGGAUGAAAUAAUUUCUAAUGAUUCACAGCUCAAGUAAAAUUGCCAUAAGAGUAAGAAAUAACCUUUGAGAAAGUUGCUGAGUUAAGGUAACUCACCAAAAAAUAGCCAAUUUACUGAAUUAAUAAAUACUUUACAUGACAAAAAAAAUAAAAUAAGAAAACAAAAAAAUAGUUAAAAAUCCACUUUAUCAACUGAAAUUAUUUAUGACAAAAACACUUCACUGAGGAAUCCUGAGUUUACUAAUAACCUUGUUUUUUCUUGCGAUGUUGAUUAAAAUGCUAGAAUAUUUGACCAAAGAAGUUAAAGUUAAGAUCAAAUUAAAAAAGUUGAUAAAAUUUUAGAGAAUUUCUCUAGAGCACAAAAAUUUGAUAAAUAGAACCCAUUUAAGAGUGUUUAAAUGACUUCUAGAUAAAAAAGGGAAAUGCUCUUUGCAUCAAAUUACUAAAUACCUGCUUAAAUCUAUAUUUAAAAUUAGUUCUCUCCAAAAUUACCUAGUGCUUCUCCUAAAAUUAAUUAAAAUGCUUCAUUUUUGUAAAAUACAAGCCUAAGCUAAUUUAAUUUAGCUGCUAAAAGUUCUAAAAAUCAAGAAAAUAGUUCUUAAAGUUAAAUUAAAAAAACUCUAAAUAUUAAUUAAAUUAGCUUUUUAAGUAUAAAUGCUGCAACUAAGCUUCCUUCUGUGCAAUAAGAUUUAGGUUAAUCCAAUAAUCAAACUGAAUAAUCUGAUAAAAUUAACUAAUCUUAUAGCAUAUUUUAGAAAAGUAGAAAAGAUAGAAAAUCUCUUUAGAGCAUUUGUGGAUUAAGUUAUAUAUGUGAAAAACAAUUUACUUCAAACAAAAACAAUCAAGAACAAACAUAAGACAACAUUGUCUAAGAAUCUAGAUCAUAAAAUAAUUAAAGGCAGAAUACUUAAACAAAUACCAAUACAACAGAGAUGAGUAUAUAAUAUAAGAGAAAUAGUCUUUCUUAAGCUUUAUCUUCUCCAACAGACCAAUAAAUUAAAGGUUAAAAUUUUGGCAUUUAAUUACCUGGAUAAACUGCAAAGCCAGUAAAAAGUAUAAAUAAUUCUGCCUAAAUGUUGUAGAGUAUCGUUGGUUUUUAAAGUCCAUUGCCUUCACAUCACAAAAAAUCUUAUUCUAGCUUUCUAUCUUAGUUUGACUAGGUAAAAGAGUAAUCAGAAACUUCGAAUUAUAAGGGCUGGAAUUAAGGAUAGAAGCAAAUGUGGAAUAGUUAGUUAAAAAUAAAUCUAGCUCAAGUAUAGAUCAAUUAGUCAGAAAUUAGUUCACCUAAAGUAUCCAGUCUAUCAAAUAAAAUAAAUAACUAAAGUAUAAUGCCAGCUUUUCCUAAAAUACUACCUUCUCCUAACCUUUUAUUUAAAGAAAAUUCGAGAGACUUAAAAGCCUAACAAUUAUUACAAAAGAGAAAUUUAGUUUGA